AUGGCCAUCACCACCAUCCUCUUCGAUUGCGACAAUACCCUCGUAUUGUCUGAGCCGCUCGCCUUUGCAGCGUGUGCGGACCUUUCCAAUGCCAUCCUAGACAAGUACGCCCCGGCCACCACACACCGGUAUGCGGGUCCAGCGCUUCAGCGCGAAUUCGUCGGCAAGAACUUUCGCGCCCUCAUCGCUGCGCUCGAGGAGAAGCACGGCUUCUCAAUGCCACCUGAAGAUGUAGGCGGGUGGGUAGACAUGGAGCUAGGCACAACGGUGGCCAAGAUCAAGGCGUAUGCGACCCCUUGCGAGGGGUCGAUGGAGAUUUUGAGGGAGUUAAAGGCGGAAGGGAAAUACCAGCUCGCGGUUGUCAGCUCGAGCGCCCUCCCCCGGGUCCUCGCUUCUAUCGAGAAGACUGGACAAGACGCUUUCUUCCCAUCAUCUCGUGUCUUCUCCGCGGCAUCCAUGACCCCUCCCACCUCCAAACCGGACCCCGCCGUCUACCUCCAAGCGUGUCGGCAACUCGGGGUACUCCCCAGCGAGUGCGUCGCUAUCGAGGAUAGCAGAUCGGGCGCUACGGCGGCUAAGCGGGCGGGCAUACCAUUGAUGGGCUAUGUAGGGCCGUACUAUGAUGAGGGACAGGUGGAAGUGGAUGAGGCGGAGAAGGUGUUGAAGGAGGAUUGUGGGGCCAAAGUGGUGAUGCACCAUUGGAAGGACUUUAGGGAGUGUAUGCGGAGAAUGGAGGCGUAG